AAUGAAACCGACUAGGCUUUUCUAAAAGGACGCUACACUUAUGAGACUUCUUGUUGUUAGGAAAUGCAGUUCAAUCCUGAAUCCUCUGUGUCGGGGUAUGGCAUAUUAUCACAUUGAAUGGAAACCGAAACCGUAUCCCUGCACAAAGGCCGAACGGGAAGCGGCUGCUAAACGUUACAAUCUCUUACCUUCUGAUUAUAAACCAUUUGAGAAUGAUGGUUUGGCUCCAGGAGACUACUUCUAUGUAGAACCAUAUAACGCGGACAAUCGCAGCCCAUGGGAACCCUAUGACUUCCCACGUGAAAGACGAGAUUUUAAUGACCCGCAACCGUUCAACGCUCAACUGUAUCUUGCUUCCGGAUAUAAUCCUGCAAAACUAAAUGAAAUUUUAAAAGGCCGGCCAGUGUGGUAUGUAAUGUUCAGAACGUUUGCACCGUUCUUUGGCCUUUGGAUGUUAUUAUAUCUCGGUCAAAUGUAUUGCGUCUUUUUCCCCCUGGUAAGUACUAUAAAUGUAAACCUCAGUUUUUGUUUUAUAAUCGAGUUAGUUAUAAUAUUUCCAGGACCAUCCGAAAAGUAAGACUACAAAUUUAAAAUUUCAUGACAACUCCAAACUUUAAUUUCUUAGAAAGUAGAUAACGGGACAUCUUCAGCAACUUCCAGGCGAACUUAUAGCUACACUUUGAAUAUCAACCAUCAUGAAUUUGCCUACCGACUUAUAAUGCGGUAAAAAAAGAAGCUGAGACAACUAAACAGUAGGACUCUGAAGCAGUAGUUUUGAGUUUAACUAACAGAGUUGGACCGCUCCAAUACUAUAUACUGAGUAGUCAAUUUGAGAAGCGUAAUGUCUCUAGUUAUUUGAUGUCUUCAUGGUGUACAGAGGAAAAAAGUUCGCGAACACAACAGUUCACUAAGUGGUUCUCUUCUGUCACGAGAUCUAAUCAUUAUAAGUGGACAGCGGGUCAUUGACAUUCGACUGCAUAUUUUCUCGAAACACUUUUCCAUGUGGCAAAACCACUAAAUUCGUUGCGUCAAAGUUGGGCAAAAACAUACCAAUUGACAGCUAUACCAGCAGAUUUGUACUUCGUAAUGACCACCAUGUGUAUGUAUAAGUGACCCCUAAAACGUCACGUAUAUUUUGGGUUAUACGUAUAAGGUAUAACUUUGAAUAAAGUAUGUUGUUUCUAAAUUACAACCUGCGAAAGCCGUUCAGCAGCCAGCUAACUGAACGAAUUCGCUUAUCUAAAGCCUAGUACAUAUCUCAACGUUGUUCACUAAGUGGACAUUAAGGUAAACUUUAGCCGGUUAUCCAAAAACGGUUGCUAAUUUUUUCUCUUCUUUUUACAGAAAGCAAAACAAUAUCCAUAUGCAGUGGACAAAGAAAAUCACUAUACUUUUGAAAAGCUUGGUUAGAUCUAUAUGUUCGAAUAGAAAGUAAUAAAGUCGUAGCAAACAAAAAGAAUGACUUAUUAUUGGGAUUUUUUAUUGCCAGUAUAAUUAACCACAACUAUUGGCUUCACAUUAAUACACUGAAAUUUGGGACUGCGUGGGCACAAACAUUGGAGUGCCAUUCUUGAUAAAUAACUGCAACAUUCCGUGGAUAAGAAAAUUAUGUGCAUCGUGUAUUCAGGUUUUCCGACUCGAUGUUGACUUUUUCAAUUGUCGUUCAUACUGAUAUUCACGUUCACUUGCUCUAUUGAAGAAUGCUUGUCUUUCCAAAUACCUAUUUUAAAACGAAAAACCCAGUAAGUUAACUUAGCUUACGAAAAAGAACCUACAAUUACAGACCUCAUCAACAACCAGAUAUUUUAAUUAGCGGUGCACCUGAGUGAAACGACAAGAUUAUGGAGACAUGAAAUCAAAACCGUUAUCUAUGAUUUGAGUGUAUUAAGUUAAUUAUGAUUAGCGGUGACAUCAUAUACUACUUGUUGACGAUGGAUGCUUUUGUUUCUGGAGUGGAAACUUCAAAACUAAGCAGAUAGCGUCGAUGUGUCAACAUUCGGACUUAGACGUCAAUUAAUGUUGUCGAAUCAGCUUAGUUGGUGAUUAGUAUCUGUAAAUACGAAACAAUUCUCUCACCACUGCAAUAGAACAGCAUUUAUGCGUUGAUAAACUUGCACUUUUACCCGAGGGUAGCACAUUUCUGAUAAAGUAAUUGGUCUCUGACGAGUCUCUACCUAUGUUUCAUUAUACCUGUCAAUGUCUUGCGUCUAUGAGGUUGAUUUGAGACAUGUUCAUUUUGAAAACUGCUUUUUUAGGAGGCAACUAUCAUCCAGACUUACUAGACCAAGUGGUGUAAAUGUGUGUAACCCAAAAACCAAGCAAUCAGUACUAGUGUAAUAGGCAUGUGUUAUACUUCCUCAUUUGGUCGUCAAGGCUACUGAGACUACUCUUUUCUUUAAUACAGUAAGCAACAACUCAAAACUCUUGACAUGCAACAAAAUUAUCACCUUACUGACUAUUUGUAAAUCGUAUAUAUGAGUAUAUAUUGUUGUAAUCUUACCCUUCUUUCCCUUUGUUAUGAGCUUUGAGGUCAUCUUCCAAAGACUCUUUCUGUACAUAUUGCUUCCAGUCAAGACGCGACUUUUCCUAUAAUUUCAGUAAAAUAAACGUUUCUACAUUCGCUGGUUA